AUCAUCAAGUACGCUUUGCCUUAUACCAAACGUUGCCUCGCAUCAUUAGACAGUCCGAACUGCAGUCUUGUAUCGCCAAUCGAGAGCAGUGGAUGGAUUCUUGUCAACCCAUAAUAUUCGAAGUGCAGUCAAAGAUUAGUGCCUAGUUCAUAAAAAACGAAACAAAUUUCUUUCCUGGAAUGUAUCGGUUGAUGUUGCUACUGCCGGUGGCAGCUCUGAUUUCACAAAGCAGUGCUCAAACCAAAGCGAACUGUGCCGCAAACGGAGAAUAUUGUCUAACUCACAACGAUUGUUGUUCGGGAAGUUGUCUGAGUUUCUCCUACAAAUGUGUUCCAGUACCACCAAGUGCAAUUGUUGGAACUACAUACGUCCCAAUCACCAUCGAUACUGAAAAUCGGUUUGGAGGUCCAGAUGAUAGUGGAGCUAGUAUUACGCAAAAAAGCUGCGCUAAAAACGGCGAAUACUGCCAGACUCAUGCCGAAUGUUGUUCAGGAAGCUGUUUGAGUUUUUCGUAUAAAUGUGUCCCACUAAAUCCACCGGCUUCGGGAGUAAACUCACAAUCACAACUACCAAGUCCAACGUCUGUGUCAAUCAAUCCACCCAUGAGUACAGUCGAGUUGAGCAAUCGUGUAGGAGAAGUGCAUAGUAAUACUGUUCCAGUUAACUACAUAACACCGCCUCCCAAAAAAUGCGCUGCGUUAGGUGAAUAUUGUCUUAACUCUGCGGAAUGCUGCUCUGGAGCUUGUUUAAGUUUUUCAUAUAAGUGUGUUACCAAUCCGCACUUCAAUCUUGUACAACAAACUCAAUUGGCAACGCGACCUGCUUCUCCACAGAGAUCUACGAUAUCCGGAAUUCUUACUAAUAGGUUCGAUAGCAGUAGUGACGCAUCUUCAACAGUACCACCGAAAUGUGCCGCCGUUGGUGAAUAUUGUCUGACCUCAUCUGAAUGUUGCUCGAAAAGCUGUCUCAGCUUCUCGUACAAAUGUGUGCAUAAUUACGAUCUAGGCACACAACAACUUUCAUUGACGGGAAUCCCGAUACAACAACCUUCAAGCAACAGUGCUAUCGACACCAGUAAUCGCUUUGGAGGAAAUAGCCAGUGCACUGGUAUAGGAUUAUAUUGUAUACAUAACCGCGAGUGCUGCUCUGGGGCUUGUCACAAAUCACUCUGCCAAACUGAAAUCAGACUAGGAGUUCCCGAAUCAGAACUUACGCGACCAUCAGUUUCCAACGGGCCAUACAUACAAGUUAGCAGUUUAGAUGAGCUAAUCACACGCUUUGGUGGUGCGUCUUCUGGCGGUACCAAUAAUAGAGCAGAUACAAAACAAUCCGCUACCAUACAAGCUAGAAUUGGCACCGGAAAACAGUGUAACGUUAUUGGUGACGAGUGCUCUCGACCUCAGGAUUGUUGCUCCCAGCGAUGUCACUCAUACCGCCGUAAAUGCGUAUCAUAGAGGAACCAACAGCACGAAAUAUUGCAUAGUUGCAAACAUUUAACAAAAGAAGUUUUUAUUAUAAGAAGAAUGCGAUUUUUAUAAAUUGUGUAUUACCCUACUGAAAGAUAUUUUUUUGUCUAUAUUUCAAAGGAGCAAAAUUUUGAUAAUUUUUUUAUAUUUGAUAUUUUAUUACCAAUCGGCACAUACAAGCGUACUCCAAUCAUCUUUAUGAUAUAUAUUUAAAAAAAGAAUCACAUUUCAUAAAUAAUCCUAAAUUUAAAAAAUAAU